CGCAGUGAUACCGGCGUCGUCUGCCUCAGCUUUCCUCUCCCUGUCACAGACCCUCGCCAUUAUCCGCUUCCAUCCUCGAAUCCCGCAGUCUUCUUGGUAUCCUUCAUCCUCCCAAACCUUGCCCGAACAACCCCGAGACCGUGUCGCCCCACAUCCCAGACCAGCCCCCCCACCACCACCACCACCACCACAAUACCACACCACCACCACCACCACACCACCACCACCACCACCAGCCUGCCAGCCCAGCCCAGCCCCGUCAAGCCCACACACCCUGCCCAAACAUUAGUGCCCAGCGCCCGCCACCCCCACCACUCCACUCCACUCCACCACUCCACCACCUCCACCACCACCCCUCGGUAUGGCUGCGUUAGAUGUCAAGAAUGAAGGCCCCGCAGCCUCUCUCUCCAUGAGGCUCCUCAUGCAGGGCAAGGAAGUGGGCAGCAUCAUUGGAAAGAAAGGAGAGAUAGUCAAGAGAUUUAGAGAAGAGUCUGGUGCCAAGAUUAACAUUAGUGAUGGUUCGUGUCCAGAGCGUAUCGUCACCGUUACUGGCAGUACUGAUAGCAUCUUCACUGCCUUCAAGCUCAUCUGUGCCAAAUUUGAGGAGUUCCUGGGUCAGAUGUACCAAAACAACGGGAGUGGAGGAGGAGGUCAGCAACGCCCACCCAUCACCCUUCGCCUGAUUGUGCCCGCCUCGCAGUGUGGUUCUCUCAUCGGUAAGGCCGGCUCCAAGAUAAAGGAGAUCCGAGAGGUGACUGGCGCUUCAAUCCAGGUGGCAUCUGAGAUGCUGCCAAACUCAACUGAGAGAGCAGUAACUGUUUCCGGAACCUCUGAAGCCAUCACUCAGUGCAUCUACAACAUCUGCUGCGUCAUGUUGGAGUCCCCUCCCAAGGGCGCCACCAUUCCCUACCGCCCCAAGCCUCAGGUGGCCGGGGGCCCCGUCAUCCUCGCCGGGGGACAGGCUUACACCAUCCAGGGCAACUACGCCGUCCCCUCCGCCCCGGACGUGAGUACAGUUCCCUUUGUUCCCCCCCCGCCGCCGCCGCCUCUAGGGGGCCCCCCGUUCAUGGCCGCCGCCCCCCUCAGUCCCCUCCUGCCCCCAUGCCCCGUCUCCACCACCACCGCCGCCGCCCCCUCCCCCGGCCCCACCACGCAGCACCACAUCAUCGCCCCGGCGCCGGCACAGUGCCACACACACCACCUGCAGCUCACCAGCCCCGGACACCCCCCAGGGCACCCCCAGGGCCACCCCCCGGGGCACCCGCCUGAUCACAUGAAGAACGGACACAUAGGGCUUGUGCCCCCACCGCACCUCCACCACCACAUGCCCGAUAUGAGCAAACUUGGCAACAACUCACCCCUGGCUGGUCUGCUGGGUCUGGGAACACUGGCUGGCGCUAACCCUGGCGGCGGCGUCAACCCCCAUGCUGGCAACACUGCUGAUGCCUUGGCAGCUCUAGCAGGUUCUCAGCUGCGCACACCUGCAGGAUCUGGCCCCGGGACGCAAACCCACGAGAUGACAGUCCCCAAUGAACUCAUCGGCUGCAUCAUCGGCAAGGGAGGCACCAAGAUCGCUGAAAUCAGACAAAUCACUGGUGCCAUGAUCACCAUUAGCAAGUACGAUGAUGGAUCAGAGGAGGCCAGCAAGCAGGACCGCACCAUUAGCAUCAAGGGGAACGCCGACCAGGUGGCUCUGGCUCAGUACCUCAUUAACACCAGCAUGGAACUGCACAAGGCGCAGCUUGAAGUAAGUAAGGGCGGGUCAGGUUCGGGUACGUCGGGCGGCCUGAGCCCCAGUGCCAUCCCGCUGGCCCAGCUGCUCAAGAACCCACAAGCCCUGAACGCCUUGUCCUCCCUCACCGGCCUGCAGGGCCUCACCUCCCUCACCUCCCUGCUCGCCCCCGAGUCCUCCCAGGGCCUGGCUGGGCUGGCAGCGGCCGGCCGCCACGGCAAGGCCUACCAGCCCAAGCUGCGCGCCGCGGCCUCGGUGCAGCAGCCCACUAACGGCUCCCCCAAGGAGAACAAACGCAGCAAGUUCGCUCCCUACUAGACCCCAUCCUCCCCCCGCGCCACCACCACCACCACAACCACCACCACCACCACCACCACAACCACCACCAUCCCGCAGCUCCUUGGGGCCUCCCACCCACCGCCCGCCCCGGCCCUGUUCACCCCUGGGGCAAUAUCCAGGCAGGGCCGGGGCACCACCACCACUACCACCACCACCCCUGCACCUCAGAUCUGAGUAGAAGUACCGUAGCCGCUGCCCCCGGGGCCGGGCGGCCUCCCAGGGCCAGGCCCCGCCCCGGGGCCCAGCGGCUGCCGAGACAGGUGUAGUCAGUCCGGUCUGCUGCUGCUGCCUGUUGUCCCGCCCGCGGCCCAGCUCACCCACCACCUCUCAACCAAACAUAUCACUUAGGACAAUUGAUUCUUUGUUCCACUUGGUUUUUUAUAGACAUGAAGCAAAAAGUGAACAAUUGAUGACCCUUGUGACAAGUUUCUUAAUGCUCUGAGUCUGGUAGUCCGCCAUGCUCCUUGUCAGCCGGCGGCCCAUCUGGCGACAGGCUCGGCCCGCGCCGCUCUCCUCCACGCACCUCACCUCAAACAUGCGAAAUUUGUGUCAGGAAUAUUCAUUCGGCCCGCCUGAGUCAGUAGUGAUGAGUCAGUGAGUCAGCAGCAGUGAGCCAGUGCCACGCUGUGUCGCUGAGCCGCCCCCGCCGUGCGUGUCGCCAGAUCGGCGCCGCGUUGCCGUAGCGUUGCCAUGCCGGGCGUCUGUGGCGUAGUGCCCGGCGUAGUCAUAGUAGGAUAUGGCAUUAUUACAUAUUUAAUGUGUAACUCUUGAGAAAGUUCGUGUGGGUACAAAACUCCUUAACUUUAUUCCCUUUUUUCAUCCUUAAUAUAUGGAAUGUACAGUUUUGCAAUAAGUUUCUGUCUCUCUACAUCAUAAUAAUGAUAAAAAAAUAUAAUAAUAAUAAUAAUAACAAUAAUAAUAAUAAUUAAUAAUAAUGAUAAUGGUGUUCAGUCGUGAGCUCAAUAUGUGAAUGUUUCUUCCAAUAGAUAUUAAACAAUGUGUAAAACUUUGAGGAAGA